AUGUCCUACAAAAACAAGUCGGCCAACCGGGUGCUCUUGCCGUUUGGCCUAGAUUAUGCCGACGUGCUUUCCCAGGGCCAGGAAACCGAGGGCCCGACGCUCGAGCUCCCCGUCCACGGCCCACUAUCUGCAAGCGAGGAGCUGUGUGCCAAACAAGCACUCGCAUUGGCAAAGCUUUUGUACGACGGCCCGUUCUACACCGGGCCGGCGGAGGGCACCAGCGCAAAGCCCGCCGGCGACUCCAUCGAGCGGUAUUCCGACCGGUACAAAAAAGUCAAGAAGGUCACGCGGUCCAUCGACGAGUACCCGUACCAACUCGGGAUGUUUCCCGAAGAGCUCUAUUCGGUGAUGGGGAUCACCAACAAGAAGAAGAAGCUCUUGCUUUCUUCAUACAAGACCGACGGCGGGUUUGCGCAGCUUGCCGUGCAGCAGGAGGGCGAGAGUGCCGAGGCGAUGCUUGAGAAAUUGAAGAGCUUGGCCGAGGACCUCGACGCAGAUCCCAACGCACAACAGAACGAGGAGGACGUCGAGGAGGAGGACUUUGACGAUGAGUUUGAGGAGGAGGACGACGACGACUACAACGCAGAAAAGUAUUUCGACGACGGAGACGACGACAUGGGCGACGCUGGCGACGACGAGGCGGCGUUCUGA